GGCAAAUAGUCCUUUUUCCUACCCUGGUGGCUGGGACCGCUCAGUGCCUGGAAUCUGCAAUGCCUCCUCUCAUAAGCAGCUAAUAAAGACAGACUGAAGAGAUGAGAAAGAGAAUGCAUGGAUCCAGGAAGGGGCCGCUGUACAAGAGAUGAUGCUUCGGGAGCUACUGGGCUAUGAUUUCUAUUAUUAUUUAUAUAUACAUAUAUAUAGAUACACAAAGCCCUAGGAGGCUGCAGAGGAGGCAAAGAAACCUCGCUGAGAUUUUUCUAACAGCGCCUAGAAACCACCGCCAGGCUCCAGGCCCGGGCUGGGUCAAGGAAUUCGAGGGAUGCAGGCUGGACGCACCGGUUGAAACUCUAGGCGCCGCAUGGGCACUUUGCGCCUUGGUGGGCUUUGCGCUCCGAAGACGCGUCCACGCACCAUUUUCCCGGGCGUUGUGCGGAUUUCUUAAACCUCUCAGCUGGUGCCUAGGAAGAGUUUCUGGAAGCUCCAUCUCUACUGCCUCCCCUCCCUCCUUUUUGAUUUUACCCCCGCGAGGAGCUUCUCCAGCCCCACAGCGUCCGCCCUCUGAGGGGUACAAGUGCCGCUGUCCCGCCUGCUGCCGCCCUGUCCGCCCACGCAGCGCCUCCUCCGGGCUAGCCUGGGGGCUUGACCUAGCGCCGCUGCUUCUCGAAUGGUCUCGUGCAGGGGCGCAGCGGCCGCUGCCCGUCGCCCGGGACUCCCCGCCCUCCCUCGCGACCCCGCGCCGGGGCGGGCGGCGCUUGCGGCGGGCAGGGGGCGGGCAGGGGAGAGGGGGCUCGUCCGGGGGUAGCCGCCUCCUCUGCAGCCUGCCGGCGCCUCGAAGCCCGGACCUGCCUCCGCCUCUUCCUCCAGCGGCUCCAUCCCGCCUCCCGCGCCUCGUCCUCCCGCCGCCCCCGCCGCCGCGCCCCCGGUGGCUGCCUCGGCGGACCGGGGAGGGGGCCCGCCGCGUCGGCCGCCCGCUCGGCUCGGCUCGGCUCGGCCCGGCCCGGGAGGCGUGCAUGCCCCUGCUGCCCGCGGCGCUCACCAGCAGCAUGCUCUAUUUCCAGAUGGUGAUCAUGGCAGGGACGGUGAUGCUGGCGUACUACUUCGAGUAUACGGACACGUUCACCGUGAACGUGCAGGGCUUCUUCUGCCACGACAGCGCCUACCGCAAGCCCUACCCGGGCCCGGAGGACAGCAGCGCCGUGCCCCCCGUGCUCCUCUACUCGCUGGCCGCCGGGGUCCCAGUGCUCGUGAUAAUAGUUGGAGAAACUGCUGUCUUUUGCCUACAACUAGCCACAAGGGAUUUUGAAAACCAGGAAAAAACCAUUUUAACUGGAGACUGUUGCUACAUAAACCCGCUGGUGCGCCGAACUGUCCGAUUUCUUGGAAUUUAUACAUUUGGACUGUUUGCUACAGAUAUCUUUGUAAAUGCUGGACAAGUAGUCACAGGAAAUCUGGCCCCACAUUUCCUUGCCCUGUGUAAGCCCAAUUAUACAGCACUUGGAUGUCAGCAGUAUACACAAUUCAUCAGUGGGGAAGAGGCCUGUACUGGCAACCCAGAUCUCAUCAUGAGAGCCCGAAAAACCUUUCCAUCCAAAGAAGCAGCUCUCAGUGUCUAUGCAGCUAUGUAUCUGACCAUGUACAUUACCAACACAAUCAAAGCCAAGGGAACCAGACUUGCUAAGCCAGUUCUAUGCUUGGGCUUAAUGUGUUUGGCAUUUCUUACUGGACUCAACAGAGUAGCAGAAUAUCGAAAUCAUUGGUCAGAUGUUAUAGCAGGCUUUCUGGUCGGAAUAUCUAUAGCAGUAUUUCUGGUUGUGUGCGUGGUAAAUAAUUUCAAAGGAAGACAAGCAGAAAAUGAGCAUAUACACAUGGAUAAUCUGGCACAGAUGCCAAUGAUCAGCAUUCCUCGAGUAGAAAGUCCUUUGGAAAAGGUAACAUCUGUACAGAACCACAUCACUGCCUUCGCAGAAGUCACAUGAUACUGAAGCAGAUGGUUUUUCACUACAUUGGACAUCAUCCCUUUUUACCAUCCAUUCAUAACACCCAAAGUUUGUUUGAUUGCAAAGGAAGUUUAUAAAGUUGUUUAAUAAUUUUUAUAAUUUUAAAAUCAAUGUCAACCUGUUUCCCCCACUAGACUGUGAGCUCCUCGAGGGCAGGAUUGUCUUUUUUUUUUCUGUGUCCCCAGCAGUUACAACAAAGCCUAGCACAAAGUAGGUGUUCAACAAAAAUGUGAUGACCAAAUGAACAAAAUUCUUAAAUAAAACAUUCGCUUUAGUUUCUCACAGAAUCAUUGCAAUUAUGUUAAGAGAAAUCUCUACAUAAAUCGUAUUUGUGUAUGAAAACCUUCUAUUUUGGGCUAGUUAUUUUUUUUAGUUUUCAUAUGUCUAUUCAGCAGUAUGCCAUAUUUAAUUUGAAGUGGACUUUGAAAGUCAUGGGGGUUUUUAUUUUGUUAUUCAGCAUGACAUUAUUUCCAUUCUAACAUUUCAGUGUGUGAAAUUACUUUACUUUUAGAAAGUAUGUCCUAUAGUAAAAUAAUGUUUCCACAUUAUGUUAUAUUUCACGUAAAAUACCAUUCAUACUAUACAUUCUAAGACUGGUGCUUCUGCUUUUGAAGGGGAAAAUGCCAAUUUUUACUGUAAUAAGUAAUGUAUCAUAAUUAAAAAUUAUUUAUUUGGA